UCAGCGGAGGUUCAUAUGUGAGGCUGUUUUACUUUGGAUCGGACCCGAACAGUAAAAACGGACAUUUUCCUCAGUGUGGUUCGGUGCCUUCUUGGAAACCAUGGCUAGAAUGAUGUGUAUUUUUACAAACGUCCCAUGACGGCUGCCUCCAGAGCAAUAGGGCUCGCCUUUUGGUGCUGAUUCGGCCUCUCUGCAGCGUCUAGAUGCCUUGGCUGAGAUGAGUGUGAAGGCUUUUGAGCUUGUUCCCGCCGUGGAGCGCGACCUCCUCAUGGGCGACAAGGCUCGCAUCAACAUCGAGUGCAUCGAAUGCUGCGGGAAGCACUUGUACGUGGGCACCAACGACUGCUUCAUCCACCACUUUCUCCUGGACGAGGUCACUUCCCCCAAAGGCAAGCUGAGCUACUCGACCCAGAAGCUGCUUCACAAAUACCUCGGCCUCAAGAAACCUGUCGCCGAGCUGCGUGCCGCUUCCGCUCUGGAGCGUCUCAUAGUGCUUUGCGAUGGAAUAGUGUUCCUUGUUGACAUGGUGACUCUGGAGUCGGUUCCCUCAGCAGCUGGCGGCGGGGUCAAAAUCCGAGGCGUGACCGCGUUCUGCGUCAACGAGAACCCCGUCAACGGGGACCCGUUCUGCGUGGAGAUGGGCGUGCUGUCGUCCAAGAGGCGGACAGUUCAGGUUUACAUGGUCUACGAGGACAGAGUGCAGUUGGUCAAAGAGGUGAAUACUCCGGAGCAGCCAUGCGCCGUCAGUAUCGAUGGGUACUUCCUGUGCUUGGCCCUCACAACGCAGUACAUGAUCCUUAACUACAACACAGGAGCGUCGCAGGACCUCUUCCCUUACAACAGCGAGGAGAGGAGACCCAUUGUGAAGAGGAUCAGCCGGGAGGAGUUCCUCCUCGCCGCUCCUGGCGGCCUCGGGAUGUUUGCCAACUCAGAGGGAGCGUCUCAGCGGGCUCCCGUUAACUGGUCAGAGAGCGUGAUUGCUGCCGCUGUGUGUUUUCCGUAUGUGGUGGCUUUGGACGAAAACUUCAUCACCAUCCACAGCAUGUUGGACCAACAGCUGAAACAAACUCUUUCGUUCAGGAAUGGACGCGUUCUGCAAGAUUUUGAAGGUAAAGUCAUGCUGGCUUCCACGAAGUCUGUUUACGUCCUGGUUCCUCUGCCACUGGAGAGACAGAUUCAAGACUUACUGGCCAGCCACAGAGUGGAGGAAGCACUGGUCUUAACCGAGGGAGCUCAGAGAAAUAUUCCCAAAGACAAGUUCCAGGUUUUGCACAGAAGAAUCCUUCAGCAGGCAGGGUUCAUAAAGUUUGGCCAGCUUCAGUUCCUGGAGGCUAAAGAACACUUUAGGAAGGGUGAGCUGGAUGUGCGGGAGCUCAUCUCUCUCUACCCUUUGCUGCUACCAGCUUCCUCCUCGUUCAUGCGCUGCCACCCUCCUCUUCACGAGUUUGCAGAUCUCAACCAUCUGGCACAAGGAGACCAGGAGAAAGUGCUGCGAUGCAAGAAAUUCCUCAUCAGCUAUUUAGGAGAGGUUCGCAACACAGACGUGGUGAACGGCUGCAGAGACGACGUGGACACAGCUCUGCUGAAGCUCUACGCCGAGCAGGAUCACGACAGCCUGCUGGACCUGCUGGCCUCGGACAAUUCCUGCGUGCUCACAGAUAGCGUUCCGUGGCUGGAGAAGUAUCAUAAAUAUUUUGCACUCGGGCUUCUCUAUCACUUUAAUGGUCAGGAUGCAGCAGCGCUAAAGUUGUGGAUGCGCAUUGUAGAUGGCGAACUGCAGGACUCCACUAGAUCCGAUCUGUACGAGUACAUUGUGGACUUUCUCUGCUGCUCUUCCAGUAUGGAGAUCGUGUGGAAGUAUGCAGACUGGGCUUUGCGGAAGGAUUCCACUACAGGUAUUCGGAUCUUUACUAAGAGGCCUGUCGGCAAAGAUCGAGCAGAGGUGAACCCAGAUGAAGUCAUCACUUACCUGGCGAAACACAGCCAGGCUCUGCUUCUCUACUUGGAGCACCUGGUGUUGGAGAGAAAAAUACAGAAAGAGAAGUUCCACACACACCUCGUUGUGUUGUACCUGGACAGGGUCAUGCUGUUGCUGUCAGAGUCGUCGGCUGAUGAGGGUCAGCUGACCAGAGCCAGGGAGAAGCUUCAAGCCAUGCUCAGGGAGUCCGACUUAUACCGUGUACAGUUUGUUUUAGGUAAAAUGGAGAGCUGUGACAAGCUGCUGCAAGAGCGUGCAACACUACACGGGAAAUUGGAGGAGCACGACCAAGCGCUGCACAUCCUGGUCCACAAACUCAGAGACUUCCCGUCCGCCGAGGCGUUCUGCAUCUGGGCCUCGUCCAAUCGAGAUCCAGCAUAUCGACAGCGGUUGUUCCACCUCCUCCUGGGGGUCUAUUUAGACGGCAAAGGUCAAGCAGCUGGCGGCGAGAUGGAGAUGGCGGCCGUGGAUCUGUUAAACAGACACGGCGAGGUGUUCGACGCCGUCCGCGUCCUACGGAUGCUUCCGGAGAGCUGGUCGCUGCAGCUACUGAGGCCUUUCUUGAACCGAGCCGUCAGGGCCAGCAUGCACGCCGGCCGGACCGCCCAGAUCGCUUUGGGACUCGCCCGCUCUGAGAACGUCCAGCUGCUGCAUGACAGGUUAAAAGAGCAGAGGAAACCUAUCAUUGUGUCGGAGAAGAAGGGAUGCCACCUGUGCCACAACACCUUCAGUGAGCCCAGCGUGGUCUGUCUGCCCGGAGGAGUACCUGUCCACGUCCACUGCGCCGCACAGAGAGUAAGAGACUCUCCCACAAAGAGACAGUUAGCUAAUAGCAGUAACCAUACGUGAGACUAAACAUUUCCCACUGCUGUCUGAUGUGCGACCGGAGGCUGCAGCCUUGUUGGGAGAACAAGAGGCACAGACGGGCAUCCAGUUUCAGCUGUGGCGUGAACGCCACAAAGGAAGCCGGCUCAGUGCCACUGUGUUCAGCUGUUCGUUCAUGUGCUCCACUUGUGCAGAUUUAGGAAUUCCAGCUCGGUUUCUUUCUCUAUCUGUCCCGUCUUCGCCCAAAAAGGUGAAACCCCGAAUUGGAUAAACAAAUUUGACAACAGAUGAUUUUCUUUUUCUUAUUUUUAGUCCUGUUUCAAAUAUUUCUGAAGCAUGGAAUAAUACCAAGACUCCUCCGGUUCUUGUCCUGUCAGUUUGUGUUAUUCUGUCCUGACGUGGCCUCUGCACGCUAGGUUUAAUGUGAAAUACUACAAAGGCACUUUCUUUGUGUGUGUCUUUUACUGGAGCUGGUGUCUCUGUUGGUGUCAUCAGUGUUUCACAUGACGACACUUUGAUCCGACCUAUUACUAUGUUUUGAUUAUAAUCCAAGUAAAAAACUUGGUGACUAUGAGGAAAAGACAUGUGGAGAAACGUACAUCUGAAUAGAACUUCAGAUGCAAAUAAGGAAAUUAAAAGAAAAUGAAUUAAAUGUACAAUGAAUUCAAUGUUAUACCUCCAUUGAAAAUAUGGGGAAAAGUCUUACUGUCUGGCUUUGACUAAUAAAAAAUGGUUUCCAUUCUG